AUGUCUGCAGAAGCUCCGGUUAUAGCUCUCGACAAGCUUGCCGACAAGGUGAAGAAAAUCUCGGCUGGCAAAACCAACGACAGGCCAAAGAAGAAAGAUUCUAAAGAUAAAAGAGCGAAGAAAGAUACUAAAGAUCAAACUAAGAAAAGCGAGAAUCAAAAGCCACAAAACGAAGAAUCUGAGUUGAAUGACAGUUUAUUGAAGGAAGUUGAGGCUCUGGGAGGAUCUAAAGCUGAUCUUGAUCUUAUCAACGGUUUAGACGAUUCAGGUAGUGAUUCAGAAAUUGAAGUUACUGUAGCUUCCAAGCCAGAUUCGAAAUUGAACAAUGAUCUUUCUAAGUUUAUGUCGGAGUUGGGACUUCCUUCUGAGCCUGAGGUUGUUGAGGAUGAAGAAACAGUAGUAAACGUUUCAUCCAAGUCUACAGAGCCAACUGAUAACGCUGAGACCACCCCAAAGGAAAAGAAAAAUAAAACUAAAGAAGAAGAGAAGCAAAAGAAGAGAGAAGAGAAGCAGAAGAAGAAGGAAGAGAAAAAGAAGAAAGAGGAAAAAGAAAAGGCUAAGGCAAAAGAAGCCGCUGUUUCACAGACUAGAACUGAGAAAGCAGCAGUUCCAGCUCCACAGUCGAUCCUGGAAAAAAAAUCAACCAACAAUUCCAGGGGUGUUAUUUCUAACGAGAUUAUCAACCAUGCGAAAUAUAUUCAUCCAGGCCAAUUGGUUUUGGAACCUCGCACAGAAUGGUACUCACAUGAUUUGGAACCCCCAGCUGAAGAAUCCACACUGGAUCAGGACCAAAUCAAUGUUUUAUUUUCCAAAGCCAAGGCUCUUCUUCAAAAGGAGAACGAUAUUUAUGUCCAUGAUAAUAUCAAGUCUACCUCUCAGAAACAAUUCUUGUCUCAACUUUUAACUGCCGGUACUCUUUCGGAUAAAAUCAGUGCUUUGACCCUGUUAAUCCAAGAGUCCCCAAUCCAUUCAGUUAAGUACUUUGAUACUAUGAUUGGAUUGUGUCGCAAAAAGUCUCGAGGAAGUGCAUUACAAGCUGUGGCAGCUCUUAAAGAUAUCUUUAUUAGUGGAGUUUUGCCCAACCGCAAGUUGAAAUGGUUCAAGAACCAGCCUUUGACUGCUAGUACGCCGGUUAGCUGGUUGAUUAUAUGGGCUUUUGAAGAUUGGUUAAAACAGUACUUUUUUACCCUAUUACAAGCUUUGGAAACUCUCAGUCACGAUCCAGUUGUGUUUAUUCGUUCGAAUGCCGUUUUGCAUAUUAUUGACCUGUUAAAGGCCAAGCCAGAGCAAGAGGUCAAUCUCCUCAGACUUGGUGUUAACAAACUUGGUGAUUCUGAUAGAAAGGUAGCAUCGCGUGUUUCAUAUCUUUUACUACAGUUGGAACAAGCGCAUCCUGCUAUGAAGGGCAUUGUUGUAGAAUCUAUUUCUGAACUCGUGUUCAGAACUGGAACCGAUUACCACGCUAGAUACUAUUCUGUCAUCACCUUGAAUCAGACCAUUUUAGCUCACAAAGACACUGAGGUCGCUAAUAACCUGAUUAAGAUUUACCUGUCUCUCUUUGAAAGACUGUUAGCUGAAUGGGACAGGGAUUCAGGCCGCAUCAAACCAGAAGAGCCUGCAAAGAAGGUCAAGAAGCCCAGAUGGAAAAACAAGGGUAACAAAGGAAAGCAUGGUGGAGAGCGACAGGAAGCUAAGACUACCGAAGCUGUCAAGGAAGAGGAGAAUGCUAAGAUUACUAGUGCCAUUCUGACUGGUUUGAACAGAGCAUACCCAUUCUCCGCUUUGCCAAAGGAUGUUUUCGACACUCAUAUCGACACUUUGUAUAGAGUCACACAUUCAGCUAAUUUCAACACAUCGGUUCAGGCUUUGAUGCUCAUCUUCCAAAUUUCGAAAUCUGAGCAACGUUUAACUGAUAGAUACUAUAGAACCCUGUAUGAAAGUUUACUGGAUCCUCGUCUGGCAACUUCCUCAAAGCUUAGAUUGUACCUUAAUCUGCUCUUCAAAUCCCUUCGUGAAGAUACAAACACAGCUCGUAUUAAAGCUUUUGCUAAGAGAUUACUUCAGAUGUCUAGCAGUUGGUUGAGUAUUGGUGUUGUAGCUGCAGUUAUCUUUCUUGUUAAUGAGCUUUUCAAGCUUCGUGAUAUCAAAGAUAUUAUCAGUGAAGAAACUAAGGAAAGUGAAAAAAUUUAUGAUGGUCGCGCUAGAGAUCCCUUGUACUCCAACUCCGAAAAUUCAAAGCUAUGGGAAAUCAUUCCUUUGUCAAAUCACUUCCACCCAACUGUCGUUGUAUAUGCACUCGGUUUGUUGAACAAUGACCCUUCACUUGCUAAACCCGAUCUCGAUUUGCACUCUUUCAGCCACUUUUUGGAUAGAUUCGUCUAUAAGAAUCCUCGUCAAAAGACCACAUCCAAGGGAGGAAGUAUCAUGCAACCUCUUGCUGGUGCUGACCCCAAUGGUUUCCUGGGAAUUGGUGGAUCUUCAAAAUCCGCUGUCAAUUCCAUUGACUGGAAAAACACCAAUCUCGAAGAUGUCGACGCCAGUGAACGAUUCUUCCACCAAUACUUUGCCAAUCGUCGUGAGAAGGCUGCCAAAUCUGAGAAGAUUGAAGGUGAACUCAGUGAUAACGAAGAUGAGGUUUGGGAUGCUUUGGUUAAUAGUCGACCUGAUAUUGAAGGUGAGGACGCCGAGGAUGAAGACCUUUCCGGAUUUAGUGAUGAAGAUUUGUCUGAUGGUGAUUUAUCUGACAUGAGCAUUGAUGAUGAAGAUUUGGACGAAGAGGAUCUUGAGGAUGACGAAAAAUCUGCCGAUGAAGAUGAUGCUGAAGGAGAAGAUUCUGAUGCCGAACCAUUAACUUUGGACGAUUUCGACGAUGUUGAUGGCUUGAUUGGUAGCGAUGAGGAGGUUGAUGAGAAUGACAGUGAAGAGGAAGAAGAAGAAGAAGAAGAAGAAGAGGACAAACAGGUAGGAUCCAAAAAGCGAGCCCUUGAACGACCAGAAGGAAAGAAGAGCAAGAAAGCCAAGCUCAAGGAUCUCCCUGUAUUUGCAUCUGUCGAUGAUUACGCUCAAUAUCUCGACUCGUCUGACGAAGACUACAGUUAG